GUUGUGCCGGUUGUGCAGGAUUUUUUGUCCGCGUAGAAAAGCUUCUUUUUUCAUGUUUUCCUGCGGCUAUCAGGCAACAUCUUGCAGCUCUUCAGUCAACUUCAGCUGAAGCAAUGGAUCGAUCAGGAGGGACCAAUGAGACACCUUCUCCGGCAGCCGCGGUUGCGCCCAGGUUACUCGGUCCAGCUGCGAACGAAUCCCCGGCGCAGAGAGCAGCUGAAACUAGCCCGGAAGUGGACUCGUCUCCUUUGCCCUUUGCGCAACCUGGCCGUGUUGGCUCGCCCAAUGAGCUCCGAGCACAGGAGGCGCCAGUGCGCAUCGUAGGCCGCGUCAACAUACGCUCUAGUCGACUCCUUUUCUGGGCCCUUUUGGUAUCCUGCAUGGUGAUUGGAGCUGCCGCUCUCCUUUUUGCGGUUUAUACCUUCAUUAUGUUAGGAAACAGUGACAAUAUCAGAAGUACAAGCGCCGUCGGAACGAUCACUGUGUCAGCAGUUAUUGACCUGUCGCCUUCCCCUGUGACACCAUCUACAAUGAUAAAAAAAGCAUCCACUGCGGCGAGCACUCCAAGCAGCUCCACCGGAAAUGCAGCAACUAAACCUACACCAUCCACUGCGGCGAGCACUCCAAGCAGCUCCACCGGAAAUGCAGCAACUAAUCCUACACCAUCCACUGCGGCGAGCACUCCAAGCAGCUCCACCGGAAAUGCAGCAACUAAUCCUACACGCGCAGCCACCAUGUCUACAACCACGAAAACUGCUGUGGAGAGUACCACGACGAGGACCAAUAGUACGACGACCCCUACUACGAUGAGGAACAUUGCCAAGCCGACGACGACGACACCGAAGAUUACGACGACCAUAGUCACGACCACGACGACAACUACUACGACGACUACUACGACGACUACUACGACGACUACUACGACGACCACUACCACGACAACUACUACGACGACUACUACGACUACGACUACUACGACGACCACUACCACGACAACAACUACGACGACUACUACGACGACCACUAGUACGACAACUACGACCACCACCACGACAACUACUACUACGACAACUACGACCACCACCACGACGACUACUACGACAACCACUACGACGACGACAACCCCGUCUACUAAGAAGUCAAAGAAGGCCUAUCGAACACCGGAAGUCUGCAUUCCAAAACCACCCAUUCCAUUGCUCGGCCAGGACACCCGCUUCCCCUUCAUUUGCACGUUCAACAUCUUCCGCUAUAAGAAAGGCGUGCCUGUUCCGGACGAUGGCAUCUGCGACCUUAUACUUCUGGACUCCUUGUACCGAAAUAAUAAGUACACGUUUUUCAGACAAAGUUACUACAAUAACUGGACCCAAGAUGUAAAAGACUUCAUUGGACUGAAAUCUGUUUACAAGAAAACCAAGAUCGGCUUGGGUUUCGACGCCUACAACGACCUGUUUCAGUCUGAAUUCGCUACCAGUAAUUCAGAGGAUUCCAUCAAAAGAUUCUAUUCUAGCACAAAUAUAUCAUAUUUUGGCUUAGUGGACAUGGACACUGAUUCCUAUGAUGUUAACAAUACAUUCACACGUGCUAUCUAUCCCUUGAAGGUAAUACAGACAGCGUACGAGGAUGCAGUUAAAAUGACGGAUGAUUAUGGCGUGAUACUUGCUAUCACACCUCCCAAGCGGUUCCUAAGAUUACUAAAAGUUGAAGAAGACUUCGGGCUAUUUAUAAGACCUACUGUUUUAACUGCACUGGGUCACACCUCGUAUGUAAACUACGCCCAGCCUCACUAUAACGAUUCAGUUGACGUCCUGAAGGGAAAACUGGCAGACUGCGUGAUUAUACCUCCGUCUGUAUACGAGCCUCUUAAGGGGUCCAACAUUCUGCCAUAUACCCACACUCUGGCAAGUAUACUUCCUGAAUUGUCUUGUCAGCGUUAG